AUGGCAACCUCAACUUGUUGUGAUGUUAGUGAAAUAAGAAAUGAUGUGUUCAUCAGCUUCACAGGCAUAGAUGUCCGCAGAGGUCUUCUUAGCCAUUUGAAAAGAGAAUUACAUCGCAAACAUAUUGAUGCCUAUGUGGACGAGAGACUUGAUAAAGGGGGUGAAAUAUCAUCCUCACUUCUCAGAGCAAUUGAAGGCUCAAAAAUUUUAUUGGUCGUAUUCUCCAGACACUAUGCUUCAUCACAUUGGUGCCUGGAAGAGCUUGCCAAAAUGAUUGAAUGCAUGGAAACAAAUAAACAGAUUGUCCUACCUGUUUUCUUCAAUAUAGAUCCAUCACACGUGCGACACCAAUAUGGAGAUUAUGGAUAUGCUUUAGCUGAACAUGAAGAAGAGUUCAAGGAAAACAUGCUCAAGGUACAAAGUUGGAGAUCAGCUUUGAAAAAAGCUGGUCGUUUAUCCGGAUUUCAUUAUCCAACAAAUUAUGAGUAA